CAAGCUCUUUGGGGUGGAAAUCAUAAGCUUAUUGCACUUGAGCCUUGUGCUGUGUGUGGAGUCUAUGCCUGGCAGAUGCUAAACAAUGAUUUUUUUUAAAAAAAAAGCCCACCUGGAGUAGGCAGCCUGUGAUCUUCUCUGAAGUGAAACUUGAUGCUUUUCAGCAAAGACACACCUCUUUCAGGGUGUUGUGCAAAUUUCUCUAUUUUAAACGUAGGGACAGGAAAUAUGAAAUGGGACAGCCAGGAUCCAAAGAUCACGUAGGCCAAAGUUUAUCAACUCUUGACAAACAGUAAAUUAGAGGCUUGUGAUGGAGCUGUUACCACGAGUACCCUGAAUUGUCAGAAAGUUGGACAUUUGGGCAAGUUGCUGCCUCUAUGCUACCAGGUUUUUGCAGCAUAGGCAUUGCUCCCUCUGUCUGGAACAGCUCUGCAGGGCUUUUUUUCCUCCUCCUUUUUGCUUCUCAUGCUUGAUUAUUUCCUGACUCUGCAGUGGGAUGGGUCUGCUGCAAAAGAUUCUGGUUCUUUUUGUAGGACUGAUCUUGGCCUUCUGUUUUUAUUCGGGAAAUGAAGACUUUAAACCGGAAAUGCUGAAAGGGAAGCGUGUGGUUGUUACUGGGGCAAGCACUGGAAUCGGUGAGCAGAUGGCAUACCACCUGGCACGCAUGGGUUCCCACAUACUGAUCACUGCACGAACAGAAGCCAAGCUCCAGAAAGUGGUUGCUCGGUGCUUGGAGCUGGGUGCAGCAUCUGCCAGCUACAUAAAUGGCAGCAUGGAAGACAUGGCAUUCGCUCAGUCUGUGGUGAAGAAAGCAGAGGAAUUGUGGGGAGGUCUAGAUAUGCUUAUUCUGAAUCAUGUUAGCCCUUCCGGCUUAAGCUAUUUCAAUAGUGAUGUUGUGUAUAUGCAAAAGGUCCUGCAUAUCAAUUUCUUAAGCUAUGUGACCAUGACAGCUGCAGCUCUUCCCAUGCUUAAGAACAGCGGAGGAAGCAUCGUAGUGGUUUCAUCCUUGGCAGGCAAAGUUGCAUUCCCAUUCAUUGUUUACUAUUCUGCAACAAAAUUUGCCCUGGAUGGGUUUUUCAGCUCCUUGCGGCAAGAAUUUGUAAUGCAGAACACCAACGUUUCCAUCACACUCUGUAUCCUUGGACUCAUCGAUACAGAAACGGCCAUGAAAGCAGUUUCUGGAGUGGUCCAGAGCUCUGCAGCACCAAAGGAGGAAUGUGCACUGGAAAUCAUUAAGGGAGGAGCCCUACGCCAAAGGGAGAUUUAUUAUGAAUAUUUAUCUACAAGAAUCCCUUUAUUGAUCCGGGACUGGGCUCCAAAUCUCCUGGAUUAUAUCAUUCAGAGGAAUUACAACGUGGAAAAACUGAAAGAUUAACUGCUCUUUAGCUUUUCUUAUUUUAUAUAUUAGCCACAUUCGAGUCCCUGUCAGGGAAAAAGGCGGGGUAUAAAUAAAUAUAAUAGCACCUAGAACUUAAGAGCACUGAGAACUUGGAAAUAAAGCUCUGCCCAAAUUUCAGAUUUGGCACCCACAGACAAAAAUCAAAUGUGAAAAUUUGAAGUCUUCGGGGUUCAUUUUUGACAGAGCUAGUUUUGCUUAUAAAAAGGUAAAGUUAUAGGUCUGUAUCCAAAGAUGUCACUCAACUGACUGUGAGUCUUCCAUUGACAGAGGAGGGAAGGGAGGGCAUUUUAUGACAGCACCCCCUCCCAAUCUGCUGUGAGACCCUUCAGAGUAGAUUUAGGGAGGCAUGGGGAUUAAAAGAAGGAAAUUGAUUUCCUUACUAUAUUAUUUAUGGAAGCCUUGUUGUCAGUUGAGGAACAACGAUUGAUACAUCCCACGAAGUUUUGCACUUAAAAAAAAUAAACCAACAAAGAAACACUGAACUACCUAAAUCUAUAUCUGAAAAUGAUGUAAAAAAAAAUGUGUCAGGGAAAUAUAAAGUUGAUUUCUUGCAAAAAAAAUUGUCUCCAAAAUUUUAGCUCUAGCUGCCCAGAAUGGGUACAAGGAGACGUAAAAUUAAAGCUAUAUGUAAACAUGUCUUUAUACUGCUUUCCCUCC